AUGCCUCCACGGGACAACUCUCAACAGGUGAUCGAGGACAAACUCGUCCACCAAGCCGAACACAAUGAGAACGUGGCAUACGACGGAUGGCAAGUGCCAGGCGGCCGCCGAGGCUCCAUCCAGGAACAGGCUUUCGACCGACGACACUCCAACUCCGAGUCACCCUCGGAAGGCCGACGCGGCUCAGUGCAAUCGAUGAAGAAGAGCUUCGAAGCCUCCAACUACCAGAUGGUGCAGCCCAUCGUGGGACAUCUGGAGGUGACGGACGACUACAACCCCGAGAACUCCAUCGACGACAUUGCCGUCUCGUGGUACGUCUGGCUCGUCGCGGCCACUGCGUCCAUCGCCGGCUCGCUCUUCGGCUACGACACGGGUAUCAUCUCUGCCGUGUUGGUGUAUCUCGGCAACUCACUCGGCGGCCACCCGGUCAGCGCCUCUGACAAGGAAGCCAUCACAUCUCUCUGCUCGGGAGGCGCCUUCAUCGGUGCCAUCAUCGCCGGUCUGACAGCCGACAAGUACGGGCGCAAAGCCGCCAUCUACGCCGGCUGCGUCCUGUUUGUCGUCGGCGCGAUCCUGCAAGCUACUGCCUUCAGCAUCGCACAGAUGGUCAUUGGCCGUCUGGUGGUCGGCUUCGGUGUCGGUUCCGCCGCUAUGGUUGUCCCUCUUUACAUCGCCGAGAUUGCGCCUACCAAAGUCCGUGGACGCUUGAUCGGACUGAACAACAUGUCGAUCACCGGUGGCCAAGUCGUCUCUUACGGCAUUGGUGCCGCCUUUGCGCAUACCGACAACGGCUGGAGGUGGAUGGUUGGUCUUGGUGCUGUGCCGGCCAUCAUUCUCGCAUGCUUGCUGCCCUUCUGCCCCGAAUCUCCCCGUCAACUCAUCUACCGCGGCCAGCUCGACAAGGCGGAGAUUGUCCUCCUCAAGAUCUACAAGGGAGCCUCGCUCGAGCAGGUGCGCGCAAAGGUCGCUCUCAUCUCCGCAGCUUGUGAGGAGGCCAAGGAACUCAACGGGAACGAGUCUCGAUGGUCGAAGAUCAAGCGCCUUCACACCGAUCCCGCCAACUUCCGCGCGCUUGUCGUCGCUUGCGGUCUCAUGGUCAUCUCGCAGCUUUCCGGCUUCAACACUCUCAUGUACUACUCCUCCACCCUGUUUGCUCUGGUCGGGUUUUCCAACCCCGUCGCUGUCGGAUUGGUUGUGGCCGGAACCAACUUUGUCAUGACUUGGGUGAACAUGCUCUGCGUUGAUCCAAUUGGUCGCCGAAGAGUCCUCGUCGCCACCACUUGGGGCAUGGCCGCCGGCCUUCUCGCCGUAGCGAUCGCGUUCAGCUACAUUCCCAUCGACACCAAGACUCUCGCCAUCACAAGCAACGUCGUCACCACUCCCGCAAUCAUCGUCUUGAUCUUCAUUGUCUGGUUCGUCUUCUUCUACGGAGUGUCGGUGGGCAACACGGCGUGGAUGAGCACCGACUUCUUCCCCAUGGAGGUGCGAGCGAUGGGUACGAUGUGGCUUACUUGCUGCUGCUGGGGCUCCAACAUCAUCGUCUCCUCCACCUUCCUCAGCAUGAUGAAGACCCUAACGCCCAGCGGGGCUUUUGGCUUCUACUGCGCAAUCUGCUUCUUCGGUUGGGUCCUGAUCAUCCUGUUCUACCCCGAGGUGUCUGGUCUCAAUCUCGAGGAGAUCCGAAUGGUGUUUGAGAGCAGAAAUCCAGUCUCGUUCGCGAGGAAGCUGAGGAGGGAGAGGAAGGAUGUGAUCAAGGAGAGGCUGGCGAAUAUGGAGAAGCCGAUUCCCCGCUGGACAUUGAGUGGGUAG